AUGAAUAGCAUAGCCGAAAUAAGCGACUACCAGAAGAACAUCUCGUUGGAGUUUAUUCUGAUCAAGUAUCUAGAGACAAACAAAACCAAAGACAACGACAAAAUUGACGUGUGGCUGGUUGGAGACGAGACAGGGACAAUGGAGUUUGGAAUAUGGAACUGUUCGUUAAAUCCAGGAGAUGUAAUAUACUUAUCUGGAGGAUACACGUCUCUGUUCCAAGGAAGCAAGCGGCUCUUUGUGUCCAAGACCGGAUGGAUCAGCAGGGUGAGGACAUUCAGGAAGACAUUCAAGGCAAGCGAGUGCCAUCAAGAAAUUCUCAGGGAUUUCUUGGCAUAG